AUGGACGUCAACAUUGCCAAUCGCCUUCCCGGAGCUCAAGUCCUGAAAUAUACAAGAAUUUGGAAGGGUUUAGUUGCACAAUUUAAGUCACUAGUCAGUUUGCUGAUUGAUAUGAGAUUACACUCAAGUUCCGGCACAACUAACACUGAUUUGAGUGUUAGGGUGGCUGAAAGUUUAACAGUUCCUGUAACAACCACUUUGGUGCGUGUAGCAUUGGUAGUUGCAAGUGGAGAUUUGCACUGGGAUGCUCUUUUACAAGCCAACUUGCAAGCUGUUCCCGCAAGUAUACCUAUAAUAGCACUCUCUUUUGUUUAUCAGAAUGUUGUGCCUGUUCUUUGUACGAAUCUGGAAGGAGACCUUUCUAAAAUAAGAUGGAUUAUCACCUGCAGGACUGCGAUUGUUCUAGGCACUGCCAUUCCCCUUGGACUCUUUAUUAUAUGGAAUGCUGUCAUUCUUGGAACAAUCACUGCUCCUGAAGCAGGCAUGGAUAAGAUUACGGACCCACUGCAAGAAUUGCUAGCUACUAAUGGAGUUGUUGGGCCUAUCGUUGGGGCAUUCUCACUACUUGCCAUUGCAACUUCUUAUAUUGGAUUCGUUUUGGGCCUCACUGACUUCCUCUCUGACUUGCUGAAACUACCAUCUGAUAGAAGCAGACCGCUCCCAUACCUCCUGACUUUGUUUCCACCACUAAUACUGUCCCUGCUAGACCCAGACAUCUUUUUCAAAGCAUUGGAUUUUGCUGGAACUUAUGGAGUUCUUGUGCUUUUUGGUGUUGUUCCUGCUGCAAUGUCUUGGUCUGAUAGAUACACGAGUUCUUCGGUGUCCUCAAAUCUUCAGCAGCUUGUACCUGGAGGUAGGUUCACCCUUUCACUAGUAAUUGGUGGUGCGGGAUAUGUUAUUAUUUCAGAACUAAUCCAGAACUUGAUGAUCAAAACAAACAUCUCCUGACUGAUGGAAAUUGUUGUAUUAUCACUACACAUAUUUCUUUUUUCAAUAUCUACAACACGUUUGUUGUAGUUAGAAAUUUGUAAAAUAAAACAAAACC